AUUUGACAGUUCUACCCAUUUUCACCGCAUGAAGACGUGUGUGGAUUUUACUGAAUGUGCAUAGAAAAUGGCAGAUUCCGAGGUUCAAAAGAAAUUGAAGGAUAUAUCCUUUAAAAUCCAGACCGCAAGUUUGAAGGGUCGUCGUGAAGUAGUGAAAGAAAUUCAGGAUGUUUUAUCAACAGAAGGCAUCACAGAGCCGGCAGUCCGCUAUGUAUGCAGAGUGCUCAUGCUGACACUGCAUCGGUACCGGGAUUCCACCUCCCAGUCAUAUGUGAAAAGCCUUCUGGCCUACCUGGCUUCUAAUCACCGGGAAUGGACGCUGAGAAGCUUGUUGCCUGUCCUCCUGGAGAUCUCUGAGCAACUGAGGAAUACUGCUUCAUCUAAAAGCACAUGUCAGAGUGGGCUGUACGCACUGCGCUGGUCCACCGUGCUAGUGGAGGGGGCACUCAAAGGCACAGAAGAGGACGGAGUGGACUACCCUUCCCUCGUACUGGCUCAGGCUAACCUGCUGGCUGUUGUCAUCGCUGGUGGAGAUAAGAGACAGAAUGACAAGGCUUUUUCUAAGCUGCACUCAUCCUGGUUGGCCAUCGGCAGUAAGCUAGCCAAGUGGCCUGAGGUCCUGCUGUCUCAGGCUCCUGAAAGCGGCCCUCACGUCACCGUGGCCUUCUCGGCCCUUUGCCGCCAUGCAGCCCUUACAGGAGACUCCACACUUGUCGCUCCACACAAGGCCAAAAUGCUAGAAAGCUUCACCAAAAGCCUGAUCAGCGUGAAAGCACGCCCCAACGCCGCGUACAUCGCUGGCUGCACUGACCUACUCCAUCUUCUAAACCGCUCUGAAGUCUACGACACACUAUUACCAGCACUUCAUAAAGCUAUGCUUCGGAGCCCUGAGACUAUCAUAGAGGCUGUGGGAGAGGUGUUUGCUAGUCUGAAUGUGGAUUUAGAUGGGAUAGCCGUUGAUAUUGGGAAAACUUUGAACGUGCACUCAAAAGACGAGUGGGUGCGAGGCGAGGCCCUACGCGCGCUCGAGCGUCUUGCCCGACGCUGUUCCGACCCCAAAGCUGCCGAAGACCUGCUGAAACAUGCCUUCGCUGAAUACCAUGGAGCUAGUGGCAAGCUCACUUCCAGCGAGGAUAAGAUCGCCGUGCUUAAUGGUGUAUCCACACUGACGGCGCUCAACGUGCCCGUUGCCACUCGGAGCACCCUCCUAAAGUCAGCCUGCGCCGGUCUGGCUCGCGUCUUGGAAAGCGAGUCGCAUGAGAGAACCCUUGUAGCUGCUUUAGACGCCGCACAAGCUUGGGCGAAGACCGCAGAACCACCACUGCCUGUGCCAUUACUUGAUUUAUACACGAAAAUCCAGUCAUCCAAAAACGCGACAGUAGGCGUGCGAGUAGCCAGCCUGUGUCUACUGUCGCGCGCCUUACGCUGCGCCGCGGCUUCGCCUGCGCAGGAGCAAGCUUUGCGACCACCGCUAGUUCAGGCUGUCGCUAAAGCGGCUCAGCAGCACCCAGUAGUCCACGAGGGCGCAUGCGCGAUGCUGGCCCUAGUCCUCCUAGACUCAGCUCGCGAGCUGCCUUCACAACCAUCCUGGAGCACCCUCACGCACCCGGACAAACACGUUCUGUUACAUGACCGGGCGCUAGCCGCCGCUGCUGAUGACGUCCUAAUGCAGGUGGUGCUGCUAUGCAGGACCGUUUUGGAACACUACCCCACUAUAUCAACCGACCAGCACUCUCCCAUCUACCGAGCUCUAACCAUCAUGCUGCUAUCCCCUAUCAAGUCAGUCCGGACGUUAGCUUUGGAAGAGGUGAAGCAUUUGCUAGCAAAAGAAGACAGGGCGUUGAUGGCGAGAUAUCUGGUGUUGAAACUGACUGAGGUGUUGGAGGAGGGGAAGUUUGGAGGGAAAGAGAGGACGGAGGAGAAAGGAGAUGUUACGGGGAAGAUGGUUUUGGAUGCGGUACAGGCAUUGUGCUCGUUUAGGGGUUAUUCAGAGCAAGACGCUCAACUACUGGCCAUAGAUGCACUUCGCGCCAGCCACCAUCCCCUAGCGGUAGCUGUCAAUAAACGAGCUUGGGCGCGCACUGUUCGAUAUUUGAAACUGGACCCUAAGGCAUUAGUGGGACUCUAUGCUAAUAAUCUGAAGAAUGCUUAUGUCUGCGGAUAUACGCCUAGUGAGACGCUUUCCAACGUGGUAUCAACCCUAUCAUCAUGGAGUACUGACGUGGCCGGUGCGGCAGUCUCCACAGCGCUCAGAGCCUUACAAGAUCCUGCGCUGUUAAGGGUGACUCGUCACGAGUACUUCACCUAUCUGACGGGAGAAGGCGAGCUGUAUGACAAGAGCUGUGUGCCCGGCAACGAAGACAACAACGCAAUGAACCUAAAGCGCGAAAGCAAAGCGUACAGCUAUAAAGAACAGCUGGAAGAAUUGCAGCUGCGGCGCGAGCUGGAGGAUAAGCGUCGGAAAGAGGGCAAGCUCAAAGAGGCUCCACUAUCGGCGAAGCAGAAAGAAGCAAUAAAAGCACAACUAGCCAAGGAGAGCGCUAUACGAGAGAGACUAACUUGUCUAAACAGCCAAGUAGAAAUCGCCGUCCGGCUGCUAGAGGCCGUGGGGUCCGGGUCCGCGCACGCCGUGUGUCUGCACGCGCGCCGCAUCGUGCCCGCGCUGCUCGGCGCCUUGCGCUCCCCGCUCGGCGCGGCUCCCGCACUUCAGGCGCACCGCAACCUGCCGCUACUGCCGCCGGCGUUGAAGGAUCAAGUGCACGCUCUUACUGUGAGGUUACACAAACCUCAAUGCGACCUGGACCCAGCGUGGGAGGAGGAAGACAUAGAUAAAGCGACCAUACGCACCAUAAACCUAAUACACGAGACCACGGUCGGCACUAAGGAACAGCUGGGGAAACCCCUUAACGCUCCAGGGUUUGUUAUGUCUUCCCUCUACUUAAGAAUGUCAGUAAACGCAGUCCGAUCAGAUACAAGCACCAUGUUAGCUGGCCUAGCAAUAAUCACCUCACACGCGGCGUUACGAGGGACGUCACCGCUGUUACAACCUACUCUGUUCCCCACCGACCACAUGUUUAGGACGCUAGUCGAACUUGUUGGAAGCACAAGCGGACGUGUACAAACAGCGUGCACGGUGGCUCUAUUAGAAACUGGCGACAUGGCCUCACGGGCACCGAUCACACACGAAGACGUCGUCUGUUUGCUGGCCGGUCUGCAGAGCCCUCUAGAGGUCGUCCGCGACGCGGCGCUGCGCACGCUCCUCCGCGUGUCGACGCGGUUGCCGCCACUCUUCGAGGACAAGGACCAGGCGCUGGAGAUUAGCAAACGGCUGCUGGUCGCCACUUUUGACAUCGCUGAGGAUAAUAAAAAGCUAGCCGAAGAGCUGUGGACAGCCGUCCCAGAGGCGCAAGAAUGGAGCGUGCGAGGAGAGAUGUUCCCUCUCCUACUGGUAGAAGUACAACACCCAGCGGAGCCUGUACAACGCGCCGCCGCCGCCGCCUUGGCUCAUCUAGUACACAUUACGUCGAAAGAGAACGGAGCAACGGAACAGAAAGAGAAGGAAAUAGGACAGCAGAUGGCGCCCAUGACACGCGCUGAAGUGCUCCGUGCACUGCAAGACAUUUACUCAGAGAAGUUACCGAUGAUCCCCGCCAAACUCGACCAAUUCGGCCACGUAGUAGAAGAGGCGGUCGACGAAUGGGGCGCCCGCCGCGGCAUCGGCCUCGCACUACUCGCCCUGGCUCCGCAUCUGCAAGCGCACGACGUUCCUGACGCUAUGCGGUUCUUCGUAGAACGAGGGCUGGGAGACAGGGCCGAGAAGGUCCGAGCAGAGAUGUUGAAUGCUGCUAUGGCUAUUGUGGAACUACAUGGCAAGGAAACACUUGGCAGCCAACUACCCGUCUUUGAAAACUUCCUGGACAAGGCGCCAAAGUCUGGAGGUUACGAUGCAGUACGGCAAAGUGUGGUGCUUCUGGUCGGCUCUUUGGCUCGCCAUCUUGAGCCUGAUGAUGCAAGAAUCAAGCCCAUUACUCUUAGGCUUAUCGCUGCGCUGUCUACGCCUAGUCAGCAGGUUCAAGAAUCCGUGAGCAACUGCUUACCGCAUCUGGUAUGCUCGCCGGCACUGGAGGGAGAAAUACCCGCCAUCAUGAACAAACUUAUGAAGCAACUGCUCACCGCCGAGAAGUAUGGAGACAGGAAGGGAGCAGCGUACGGUAUCGCCGGUAUUAUCAAAGGCCUCGGAAUCCUCUCUCUGAAACAACUCGACGUGAUGGGUAAACUGACCGAAGCCAUACAGGAGAAGAAGAAUUACAAGUACAGAGAAGGCGCUCUAUUCGGCUUCGAAAUGCUCUGCUACAAACUAGGCCGUCUCUUCGAGCCCUACAUAGUCCACGUUCUACCUCAUUUACUACUCUGCUUCGGCGAUAGUUCGCAAUACGUUCGCGCCGCUGCUGACGAUACUGCGAAACUGAUUAUGAGCAAACUGAGCGCUCAUGGUGUCAAGUUGGUGUUACCGUCGCUCUUGCAAGCGCUGAAUGAUGAUAACUGGAGAACUAAAGCUGGUUCAAUCGAACUCCUCGGCGCUAUGGCCUACUGCGCGCCGAAGCAACUGUCUUCCUGCUUGCCCUCCAUCGUGCCGCGACUGAUCGAGGUUCUGUCAGACUCGCAUAUGAGGGUGCAGGGCGCCGGCGCAGAGGCGCUCAAGGUCAUUGGCUCCGUUAUUAGGAACCCUGAGAUCCAAGCAAUCGUACCAGUCCUCCUCCAAGCGCUCCAAGACCCGUCAAACAAGACUUCAGCCUGUCUCCAAACGCUCCUCGACACAAAAUUCGUCCACUUCAUCGACGCGCCCUCCCUCGCUCUUAUCAUGCCAGUCGUCCAAAGAGCCUUCCUAGACAGAAGUACUGAGACGAGAAAAAUGGCUGCACAGAUUAUAGGAAACAUGUACUCGUUGACGGAUCAGAAGGAUCUGAUGCCGUAUCUGCCUAAUAUUAUACCUGGAUUGAAGAGUUCGCUAUUAGAUCCUGUACCAGAGGUCCGUUCCGUGUCCGCGCGCGCUCUAGGCGCCAUGGUGAAAGGAAUGGGCGAGAGCAGCUUCGAAGAACUCCUCCCGUGGCUCAUGCACACUCUUACCUCCGAGUCGAGCUCCGUGGACCGGAGCGGCGCCGCGCAGGGGCUCAGCGAGGUCGUCGCUGGCUUAGGAGUGCACAAGCUGCAUAAGAUUAUGCCCGACAUAAUUGCAACAGCCGAGCGCACCGACAUCGCUCCGCACGUCAAAGACGGCUACAUCAUGAUGUUUAUCUACAUGCCGGGCGCUUUCACCGACGAAUUCACCCCCUACAUCGGUCAAAUCAUCAACCCCAUACUCAAAGCGCUCGCCGACGAGAACGAAUACGUCCGAGAAACGGCUCUGAAGGCUGGACAGCGAAUCGUUAACUUGUACGCUGAGAGCGCUAUAACACUACUCCUGCCGGAGCUAGAGAAAGGCCUGUUCGAUGAUAACUGGCGUAUUAGAUACAGCUCCGUACAACUGCUGGGAGAUCUCCUGUACCGUGUAUCAGGCGUCAGCGGUAAAAUGAGCACAGAAACUGCGUCAGAGGACGAUAACUUCGGUACGGAGCAGUCUCACAAAGCCAUCAUGUCAGCCCUAGGCAACGAGAGGAGAAACAGAGUGCUGGCCGGGCUGUAUAUGGGCCGCAGCGACGUGGCGCUGAUGGUGCGACAGGCGGCGCUGCACGUGUGGAAGGUGGUUGUGACCAACACACCGAAGACUCUGCGCGAGAUCCUCCCAACACUAUUCGGCUUACUGCUCGGCUGCCUAGCUUCCACCAGCUACGACAAACGUCAGGUCGCCGCAAGGACGUUAGGAGACCUUGUGCGCAAGUUGGGUGAACGCGUCCUACCAGAGAUCGUCCCAAUCCUCGAACGGGGCCUAAAAUCCGACCGCGCCGACCAACGGCAAGGCGUUUGUAUCGGCUUGGGAGAGAUCCUGGCUUCUACUUCAAGAGAUGCCGUACUGUCUUUCGCUGAUGGGCUGGUUCCAACUGUCCGAACGGCACUAAGGGAUCCACUGCCUGAAGUGCGAUUGGCUGCUGCUAGGACCUUUGACAGUUUACACGCGACGAUUGGUAAUAAGGCCCUAGAUGAUAUUCUACCUCAAAUGUUGGAAGGCCUCAACGAUCCAGACCCCGCGGUUGCAGAGGCCACUCUUGACGGUUUGAAGCAGGUGAUGGCGAUAAAAUCUCGCGCCGUGCUACCCUACCUCGUGCCCGUCCUCACCUCGGGCACGGCCGACACCCGCGCCUUAUCUGCCUUAGCGGCCGCGGCGGGCGGCGCGCUGGCGAGGCAUCUGCCGCGCGUGCUGCCCGCGCUGUUAGCUGCUCUUGCCGCGGCGCGAGGCACACCUAACGAGGCAAAGGAGCUAGACCACUGCAGGAACGCGUUGCUGCCUGUUACUGAUGCACAGGGCGUUAGAUGCAUAAUUGACAUGCUGCUCGAAGCCACCCGCACCAGCGAGGGUGACAAGCGGCGCGCCGCCGCCUCCCUUCUCUGCGCCUUCGUCACGCACACGCGCGCAGACCUCACCCCAUACGUGCCGCAACUGCUCCGAGGGCUCAUCCUACUCUUCGCCGAGACCGACCGGGACGUGCUCCAGAUGGCCUGGGAGGCUCUCACUGCGCUCACGAAGACGUUGGACGCGGAGAGACAGAUUGCGCAUGUGGCGGAUAUAAGACAGGCUGUGAGAUAUGCCGCUUCGGAUCUGAAGGGAGAGCUGCUACCUGGUUUCUGCUUACCUAAGGGCAUCGCACCAAUUCUACCUCUCUUCCGCGAGUCCAUACUCAACGGUCUGCCCGAAGACAAGGAAGCUGCCGCUCUCAUGUUAGGAGAAGUCAUCACGUUAACCUCAGCGGCGGCCAUACAGCCCUCCGUCGUGCAUAUUACUGGCCCGCUCAUCCGUAUCCUGGGUGACAGGUUCAACGCCAGUGUGAAGGCAGCUGUGCUUGAGACUCUAGCUUCCUUACUAUCAAAGGUCGGCGUGAUGCUGAAACAGUUCUUACCACAACUCCAGACGACCUUCCUAAAGGCGUUGAACGACCAAUCGCGCCCAGUCCGCAUAAAGGCCGGCCUUGCACUCGCCCAACUAGUGCGGAUACACACACGAGCGGAUCCGCUGUUCGUUGAGAUGCAUAAUGGCAUCAAGAACGCUGAUGAUCCGGCUAUUAGAGAAACUAUGCUGCAGGCUCUUAGGAGCAUCAUUACAGUAAAGGCCGGCCUUGCACUCGCCCAACUAGUACGGAUACACACACGAGCGGAUCCGCUGUUCGUUGAGAUGCAUAAUGGCAUCAAGAAUGCUGAUGACCCGGCUAUUAGAGAAACUAUGCUGCAGGCUCUUAGGAGCAUCAUUACAGGUGGAGGCGACAAGAUGUCCGAGCAACUAGCGCUAAGCGUCCUAGCGACCCUCACGAGCCCGGCGCUGCUGGCGCACCCCGACGACCCGCCCCGCGGGGCCGUCGGCGGCUGCCUCGGCGCACUGCUACACUGUCUCCCUCCCACACACAGAGACGCGGCGUUACUGCAUCAUGUGUUGGCUGGAGGAAAUACGACGAUAACUGAGGCGGAUUGGAUGCUAGCUCAUGGGAGGUCUUGUGCGCUAUUUGUUGCCCUGAAAGAGACGCCUGAGGUAGUCUACACAGAACAGUUCGAAGAGAAGAUAGACAAGGCCCUCCUAGGAUACCUAGCCAGCGACAAAGUGCCCAUCGCAUGCAACGGUCUGCGCGGCAUGGGGUACCUUAUGAAGCACCUUCUAGAACAUGAUCGCGCACCUCCACAAGCCAUACUCACACAGUUCGUCAGGAGCAUGAACCACAGCAACAACGAGGUGAAGCAACUGAUGGCGCGCGCCAGCACCAUGCUAGGCCGCUCCGGCGCCCUGCACGGCUCAAAGGGACCCGACGUCCUACGACCAUUGCUCCCGGCCUUAGUGAAUGGGACUAAGGAGAAGAAUACAUACGUACGGGCGAACGCUGAGCUGGCUCUGCGCGCCGUGUUGUGUCUGCAGAAUGAUGAGAGCUUCCAUAAGCAAUGCUUGUCUCUCCUCGACGAAGGCGCCCGCGAGGCGCUCAGCGACGUCGUGGCCCGCGUGCUGCGCCGCGCGCUCCAAGAAGGCCGCGACGAGGAUUUAGACGUCACGCUGCUCACCUGAGCACCGCUCUAUCUAUCGGAUAAUUUAAUAUACUGUAUCUACAAAAACGACUUUCAUUUAUUGCCCUGUUAGCCCGCUCGGAAACCCCAUUUGCGUGCGUAUCAACAGUAGGACUCAUACGUUUCACAGUAAUGCUUGUCUCAGAUGGACGAAGGCGCCCCGCGCUCAAAGGUCGCGACGAGGACCUAGGCGUCAC